AUGACGGUCAAUGUAUACCCGUCUGGGUACUCGGCGGAGGAGGGUGGGGAGCACAUAUCUGUCUACCUCCGUUUAUGGUCUGAUCCUGGAACUGCUAGGGUCAAGUUGUCCAAGAAGUUCCGGAUCGGUGACCCUAGUGGCAAAUCACCAUUGAUUGUGCUUUGUUCAGAAGAUAUUUUUACUAGGGUACGUGAAACCUGGGGGUUUCAAAAGUUCACAAUGGUGAAUUCUGCAAAGUCACGAUACAUAGGUCACAAUGGUUCCUUUACCAUACGUUGCGACCUUGAAGUCCACACGAAGGCGUGCACUACUAGUACUAGCACCACCAUCGCCAAACCUAUGAUCGUCGUGCCGCCGUCCAACAUUGUCAGGCACCUCGAGCAGCUGAUGGUGAGCAAGCAAUGGUCAGACGUGACGUCCCUGGUCCAGGAGAGCGAGAUUCACACGCACUGGCUCAUCAUCGCCGUGCGGUCGCUGCUUCUAUACGACACAUUAGAGGCAUCGACAACCAACAGUGUCAUACGGAUCGAAGAUAUGAAGGUCGUUGUGCUCAGGGCCAUACUCCACUUUGUCUAUACCGAUGAGCUGGUUCCUGUGAAUGAAACGGUGGUAGCCAGAGAAAUGAUGGCGGCGGCAUGCCGGUUCCGCCUGGAGUGGAUGAAGGCCAUGUGCGAGAAUUUGCUCGCUCAUCUCCUGUCGAAAGACAACGCGAUGAGCACUCUGGAGCUGGCAUUGCGACACCACUACGAGGAGCUCAAGAUUUACUGCAACGACUUCACUGAACGUGCAAUGAAGUGA